AUGUUCACACCGGAGAAAGUAAUUGGUCCAUCACCCGGAGUAUGGCAAAGUAUCAGAUCGAUAUUGUUGGCCUCGUGGCUUAAUCUCCUACUGCUGUUCAUCCCAGUAUCCGUGCGUCGUUAUCUAGAAAUACUCACGCGAUGUUCUCAUGCCGACAUACUUCUGGCCUUCGCCACCGAUGAACUCUCUAUGAGAGUUGGACAGACCCUAGCGGGACUUUUGAAUGCUACCCUCGUAGGUGCCAGUUAUACACCACCUCAUCUGCGUUUCUCAGGACUUUCAUCUUCAGGGAAACGCAUAAUAUCCCUUGUAAAAUGUGAACUUCAAAUCGUGCAGUCUUCACUGGUCGGUUCUAUUCUCAGUAACCUUCUUUUGGUUCUCGGCAUGUGUUUCUUCGCGGGAGGGAUCAAGUUCCAAGAACAAGGAUUUGGACAAAUGGCUACCCAGCUUAACUCUUCUCUACUUGCUAUCAGCGUCAUUGCCGUCCUCUUACCUGCUGCCUUCCACUUCUCAGUAGUCGGUGAUACUGAGAAUGACGAAGCCUCAGAUAUCCUGAAUGUUAGCCAUGGGUACCUGGAUUUAAUCCUAUGCAAAAGACUAAAGUCCGCACCAGUUUACAUCUCCUACUUGGUUUUCCAGCUCUUCUCUCAUGCUUCACUGUAUGCAGAUGAAGGUGAAGACUCGAUCAAAUCCACACGUUACGGAGCCAAGAAGCACAAGGCUGAACCACCAAUUGAAAUGCAGACACAAAAUAUUGGCACAGUUUCCUCUGCAACUAGCGCGACGAUUGCGCCUCGAAUAGAGCUUAGAGAUACUCAUGAUGUUGAAAAGAACUCCGCACAUUUGAAAGAAGAGGCCGAGCAACCCCAAUUGGGUCUAUGGGUCACCGUCGGACUACUAGCUCUUGUCACUGUGCUGGUCGCGGUUACGGCAGAAUGGUUAGUAGAUUCCAUCGACGGUAUGACGAACGGUGGUGCGAUCAGUAAAGAGUUUGUUGGAAUGAUUCUUCUUCCAAUCGUGGGAAAUGCUGCUGAGCAUGCCACUGCUGUGACAGUGUCAAUGAAAGAUAAGCUGAAUCUCAGUCUGAGUGUUGCUGUUGGAUCAAGCAUCCAAAUUGCCCUCUUCGUAAUCCCCUUUAUUGUGACUCUUGCGUGGAUAAUGGGCAAACCAUUGACAUUACUAUUUGAUCCCUACGAAUCUGUAGCCAUGUUUCUCGCAGUUCUAACUGUCAACUAUGUUGUGCAAGAUGGCAAAUCUAACUGGCUAGAGGGCAUGAUUCUAAUGUGUCUAUAUGUGAUCCUCGCCGUUACGUUCUGGUUCUAUCCAGGUAGGUCUUGUACCAUUCGAUAA